AUGGCGACGACAUUGACAGGCGGUAGUCAGCACAUUAUCCAACUGCCCUCGACGCCCUCUACCUCAGAUGCCGACGCACGCGCGGUCGCGCAGCAAUGGCUCACGAACCUAGAGUCACAGCUCGCUCAUCCCGAAAAUCUCACGCUAGCAGAGCUCUUCCACUCCGAGUCCUGGUGGCGCGACAUGCUAGCUCUGGACUGGGAGCUGCACACCACGCACGGCGCAUCACAGAUCCAAGAAUUCCUGCGUAAGCACCAGGGCCGCGCACAGCUAUCCACGUUCCGACUGCAGGACAAGGGCCAGUUCAAACCAAGGUGCGAGCAAGUGGUUGACGGCCUGAGCUGGGUAUCAGCCAUGUUCUUCUUCGAGACCGCCGUCGGCCGCGGCACGGGGAUGCUGCGUCUGACACAGGCGGAUGGCAGUGGGACCUGGAAGGCCUACGCGGUGUAUACAUCGCUACAGGGGCUGAAGGGAGUUGAGGAGCCGUUAGGGAAGUGCAGGCCUGAGGGGACAACGGAGUCUAUGCCUGGUGGAGUGGCGGGUGGGACUUGGAUUGAGCGGCGGCGGAGGCAGGCGGAGUUUUUGGAUGACGAGCCUGCGACGCUGGUUGUUGGUGCUGGCCAAGCUGGGCUUAAUAUGGGUGCGCGGCUGCAGAGUCUCGGCGUGUCGUGUUUGAUUGUGGAUAAGAAUGAGCGCGUGGGUGAUAAUUGGCGCAAUCGGUACCGGACGCUUGUUACUCACGACCCAGCCGAAUUCACCCACAUGGCCUACCUGCCCUUCCCCCAGAACUGGCCGCAGUUCACUCCAAAAGACAAGCUUGGCGACUGGUUUGAAGCGUACGCAAGCCUCAUGGAAUUGAAUAUUUGGACGCGCACAUCUGUUGUAUCUGCCGAGUACAACGAUGCCGCUGGCGAUUGGACUGUGAUCGUUGCUCGCGGGGAUGGAUCUCGACGAACACUGCGUCCACGCCAUGUUGUUUGGUGUACUGGACACUCAGGCGAGGCGCUUAUCCCAAGUUUCCAGGGCCAGGAAUCCUUUCAGGGGACUGUGUAUCAUGGCAGCCAACAUCGUGACGCCUCUGAGACUGACGUGCGUGGAAAAAAGGUCGUCGUCGUAGGCACUGGCAACAGUGGCCACGAUAUCGCACAGAACUUCUACGAGAAUGGCGCAGAUGUGACCAUGCUACAGCGCAGAGGAACCUAUGUACUAACUGCGGACAAGGGAGUGUUCAUGCUACAUGAUGGUCUUCAUGAAGAUGGGGGGCCCCCAACAGAAGAAUGCGACAUCGUCAGUGAAAGCCUCCCCUGGCCCGUCCAAUUCGCAUUAAGCGUGCACCUAACACGCCGCAUUGCGACCGCGGAUAAGGAAACGCUUGACGGCCUCCGUCGCGCCGGCUUCCAGCUUGACUUCGGACCAGACGGCGCUGGCAUUGCUCGCGCGUACUUUACUCGCGGCGGCGGGUACUAUAUCGACGUCGGCUGUAGCCAGCUGAUCAUUGACGGCAAGAUCAAGGUUAAACACAGCCCGCAGGGCAUCAAGAGCUUUGGUCCACACGAGCUGGUCCUAGCGGAUGGCGAGACGCUGGAUGCUGAUGUCGUUGUUCUGGCUACGGGGUAUGAUAACAUGCGGACUACGGUGCGCAAAGUGCUAGGUGAUAAGGUUGCAGAUCGAUGUAAGGAUGUUUGGGAUCUGGAUGAGGAGGGUGAGCUUAAUGCGAUGUGGCGUCCCAGCGGUCACCCUGGUUUCUGGUUCAUGGGCGGCAAUCUCGCUCUGUGCCGUAUUUACUCAAAGUUUCUAGCGCUUCAGAUCAAGGCCGUGGAGAAAGGGUUAAUCUCACAGUCGUAG